AUGUCCUACUCCAACGAGUGGUGUGGGAUGAGCUGCCCGCAGCCCAUCGCCGAGAGCUCCAACGAGCCGUGUGUGCAGCAGUGCCCCGAGUCCAGAGCCCUGAUCCAGCCCCCGCCGGUGGUGGUGACCUUCCCGGGCCCCCUGCUCAGCACCUGUCCCCAGGAGAGCAUCGUGGGAUCGUCGGGCCCCGCCUGGCUGGGGCGUUCCUUCAGUUCCCGCAGCUCCUCGGGCUCUGGGGGCUCCUUUGGGCUGGGAGGUGCUGGGGGUUACGGGGGCCCGCUGGCCUUGGGGGGCUCCUCUGGCUCUGGGGGCUCCUUUGGGGCUGGAGGUUCUGGGGGCUCCUUUGGGUGGGGACCUUAUGGAGGUUCCCAGGGCUAUGGGGGCUCCUUUGGGGCUGGGGGCUCCCGUGGUUAUAGGGGCUCCUUUGGGUCUGGGGGCUCUGGGGGCUCUGGGGGCUUCCCGGGCUAUGGGGGCUCCCUUGGCUAUGGGAGCUCCCAGGGCUAUGGGGGCUCCUUGGGUUAUGGGGGCUCCCAGGGGGGCUAUGGGGGCUCCUUUGGCAAUUGCGGCAGCUCCUACAGCUCCGGCUUCUCCUCGCGGGGCCUGGGCUAUUCCCUGCCCGGCUCGCAGGGAUGGGGCAGGUCCCGCCGCGGGAGCUGUGGGGUUUUCUAA